CAUUCAUUCGCUUCUGCCAGCUAAAAAGCACUUCACGUCCUUGCUAGUGGAAUGUUUUCAGUGAUCGUGCGCAGCGCAGCUCAACGACGCGCUCUCCCAGCACUCCGUCACUUUUCAACACCACCUCCAUCACCUCCUCAAAAUCCCCCUCCUCCACCCCCAACGUCACUUCCAAGCCUUGACUUCCAACCCGCGGAACCAGAGCCAGAAAAGACUCAGCGCACCGGUGCAAAAUCAUCCAAGGACUCGCUCUCGAGUAUAGAGCGAAAAAGACGGUUUUUAGGACGUCUAUCUCUUGGUGUACUCGCAGUUGCUCUUGGUGUGCAAGUCGUGUAUCUCGGUAGAGAUUGGGAAACGGAUGAGUUAAAAGAACGAAAACAGACGGUGGAGGAGGCUCCGUCAGGAAGGUGGGAACGAACGAAGUCGAGGUUUUGGGAGCUGUUCGAUCUCCCCAUCAAAAAACCGUACACCCUCUUGCUAUCCAUGGAUGAUCUCAUUAUCACGUCAACUUGGGAUCGACAGCAAGGAUGGCGGACAGCCAAACGCCCUGGCGUUGAUUAUUUCCUUGCCUACCUGUCUCAGUUCUAUGAAAUUGUGAUAUUUACAACCCAACACCAUUAUACCGCCAUGCCCAUAAUUGAGAAACUCGACCCAUAUAAUUUCUUCAUCACCUAUAAGCUUUUCCGCGAAGCCACACGAUCAGUGGACGGUAAAAUCGUCAAGGACCUUUCUUAUCUCAAUCGUGACCUCUCGAAAGUCAUCCUUCUUGAUACGCAUCCGGAACAUGUAAGCUCACAUCCCGAGAACGCCGUCAUCGUCCCCAAAUGGACCGGUGCACCCGGAGACAAGGGCUUGAUUGCCAUGAUCCCCUUCUUGGAGUCGUAUGCUGGAAAAGAUAUUCCUAUCGAAUACGCGGAGAAGGAGGCAGAAGCAAAGCAAAAGCAUAUCGAGGAGUGGAAGAGCAAGGCGCGUGGAUUAUCCAAAGGCGAGUUUACGCUGAGCGGCAUGUUCGGUGGUCCGAGUGAAUCCUCGCGCUCGCCUGUUCCUUUGACAUACCUCGAGCAGAAACGCCUUGAGGCCCAGCGGCAAUAUAAAGAGGAGCAGCUGUACAUUGCGACGCACAAGGAUGAGUUUGAACGGCUGUUGGAGGAGGAUAGGCAAGCGAUGGCGCGGGAGAUGAGCGGGAGUUUGUGGGGCGCGUUGGAUGCGAUGGCGGGGAAGAAGGCGGGUGCUGCGAAGGUGGACGCGGACGCGGAUGCGAAGGGAACGAAGGUGCAGGUGCAAUAGGCGGAUUGUGAUGCACACAACUAGACUGGAGUUAUUUACAUCUACGCACACAUAUUUGUUAUUGUCAUUAUUGCUCUCCACUCUUGCACUGCAACGGUCACCCUUAUA